AUGGCCGUCGUCGCGCCGCUGCGGAGCGUGGCGAUGCUGCGAUGCGACAACGUCCGGGUCGACGGCCACAGUUUCGAUCUCUCGCAGCUCGGCGGGCCCCACUCGGUCGUCACGUCCCGCUAUGAAUCCAUCCCCGACACGCAUCACAACUUCACCUACACCCUCGACAUCUGCAAGCCCCUCAAGAAGAGCGGCAAGGUCAAGAAGACGGAGGAAUGCCCCAACGGAACGAGAGUGUGCGCCAUCGGCCGUUUUCUCCAAGGAGAGACGAAUGCAGUGGAGGAGGUCGUGGCCAUCGCAGGAUCCUUGGAAAACAAGGAAGGCUUGAGGCUCGUGCUCAAGGGUGGUAAGCACCCCCUGGACGGCCCUGUUCAGGAGCGCCGCGAACAGAGGGCCGUCGUCGAGUUUCUCUGUGACCCGGACAAAAAGGGUGACGAAGGCGAGUGGGAUGCCGAGGACAAGUACGAAAAGGAUGGAGGGGCGCAACGCCGAGCCGACGACAAGAAGGGCGACGACAAGAAGGGCGACGACAAGAAGGGCGACGACAAGAAGGGCGACGACAACAAGGGCGACGACAACAAGGGCGAUGACAACAAGGGCGACAAGGAGAAAUCCGCCAUCGAGCAUCAGCUCAAGAAGGAAGGAGCCGCUCUCAUCUGGGAAAGCUACGAGAAAGAAAAGGACGCCGACGUGCUGCGCUUGUCGUGGCACACCAAGUUUGCGUGCGAGAAGCGAGAUGGAAACGACGGCAAAGACAAGGACGGCAAGGACGGCAACGGCAACUCGAGCAACCACUGGGGAUUCUUCACCUGGUUCGUCAUCAUCGUCUUCCUGGGCAUCGCUGCCUAUCUCAUCUUCGGAUCGUGGCUCAACUACAACCGGUACGGAGCUAGAGGCUGGGACCUGGUUCCCCACGGCGACGCCAUCCGAGACGUCCCCUAUCUGCUGAAGGACUGGACGAGGCGAGUCCUCAACACCGUGCAGGGCACGGGCAGUAGGGGGGGAUACAGUGCAGUCUAG